ACCCCAUUAGUUUCUGGUCAUCUGAUAAUGCUUCUGCUAUAGAUGGGACCUGCGUCCCUUCCUCCUCUCAGAACACUUGCAGCCAAAGCUGACUAUUGCUGCUCUGGGGCUUCCUUCCAGCCUUAAAUUUCAGUUCACCAUCUUCAGCUGCCCACAUCAUGGCUCUGCUAUUUUUCUUGAUCCUUGCCAUCUGUACCAGACCUGGCCUCUUGGAGUCUUCAUCCAGUGUGCGACUGGUGAGCGGCCCCCACCACUGUGAAGGGCGGGUGGAAGUGAAGCGAGAUGGUCAGUGGGGCACGGUGUGUGAUGAUGAGUGGGACUUGAACGAUGUGGCUGUGGUAUGCCGGGAGCUGGGCUGUGGAGCAGCAACGGGGACACCUAGUGGUGAAAUAUAUAAGCCACUGGCAGAAGAAAUGCAACCAAUUCUCAUCAGCGAGGUCAAGUGCAAUGGGACGGAGGACACACUGGCUCAGUGUGGACAAGAAGAUGAUGUCUAUGAUUGUUCUCACAACGAAGAUGCAGGAGCAUCAUGCGAGAUCCCCGAGACUGUGCGGCUGGUUGGGGGCCCUGGACGCUGUGUAGGAAGAGUGGAGGUGAAGCACCGGGACCAGUGGGGCACUGUAUGCCAAGCAGGUUGGAACCUCUCUGCUGCCAAGGUGGUGUGCCAGCAGCUGGGAUGUGGAAAGGCCAUACUGACCCGGACAUACUGUGACAAGGUUUCCCAUGGCCAAGGGCCCAUCUGGCUGAGCCAGGUGUCAUGCACAGGACAAGAACUAACCGUUCUAGGCUGCCAUUCUGAGCCUUGGGGGAAGAAUAACUGCACCCAUGAGGAAGACACAUGGGUCCAUUGUGAAGAUCCCUUUGAACUGAAGCUGGAAGGAGGAGACAACCACUGCUCCGGGCGCCUGGUAGUGCGGCACAAGGGCACGUGGGGCUCUGUCUGUGAUGAUGGCUGGGGAGAAAAGGAAAACCAGGUGGUAUGCAGGCAACUGGGCUGUGGGAAGCCCCUCUCUCUUUCUCCUAAAGCCCGGAAACCCUUUGGCCGAGGGGUUGGACACAUCUGGCUGGAUGACGUUCAUUGCUCAGGAAGGGAGCAAUCCCUGGAGAAAUGCCAGCACCGGUUUUGGGGGCAUCAUGACUGCACCCACAAAGAAGAUGUGGCUGUGAUCUGUUCAGCACAGGACUCUGGCUUUCCUGGUGCCUGACCUGGCCCCUGCUGCUCCCCGAGUGUCCCCUGCUUGUUCCCAUGGGCCCUGAUUAUCCCUGUGCUCACGCCGGGCUGCAGGCUUUAGCCACCCCUUCCUCAUCCCCUCAGUAGAAAUGCUUAAGGCUUGUGUUCUCAACCAAGCACCUCCAUGCUUGCCUGGAGACAUGAGAUCUGAGGGAAAAAUGGAAAUCUCUUGCUGGGAAAGAUGAGUUUCUAGUUGCCCUCUCCUCUCUGCGGACCCCUCAGCCCUGGCUCUGGCCUUGCCUGUAUCUUCCCAACUUGCCUGAGACCCAGGCCUGUCACUAUGACCAAAUGUGCUGGCCAUUACUAAGGCAAGUUCUAGGUCUGUAGACAAGAUGAAAGGAAUGAAGCAACAAAAGGAACAUUUGAAAGGAAAUGUGGGUAGGCAAUUUCAUGGAACUUGAGGAAAACUUAGUCUUUUUGUACUCUUUUCCUCAAGACUUGGAUGAUCACAACAAUUAACAAUACCUUCCUACGCUGUUUUUCCUUGCUGAAAGUAAAACAUUCUUUAAGGAGCAGAGCAGUAUCCUCCAUCCUAGAGCUGGUUAUUUUACAACACUUGGAAUAAGAUGUUGGAUCCUCUAAAUUCCAGGACAAAUAUCUUCUUUUUCCAUCCCUAUAUAAUUUGCCAGCAUGGUUAUCAUUUAACAAGAGGAAUCUUACCAAUGGAUUUACUUUAUCCAAGGAGAAAUGUAUUGGCCAUGGGAGUGCCGCUAGGAGAAGGGAAAUAAAGAAGCAGAGGAGGUUGGGGAGGCUGUACCUCAUGCCAGUAAGAAACUAUAGUGCUAGUUUUAUCAAGUGGGGAUUUGGGGCCUGUUGGCCUGAUGUAAAACAGGAUGAUUCUAAGGAGAAAUCAAGACUUCAUGGUAAAAAUAGACAACCUUAGAAUCUGAGACUAAAUUGAGUAUCUAUACCAUGCCUAUGUUUAUACUGUCUAAUAAAUUAAAUAUCACAGCCUCA